UGUUAUGUGGAUGCUACAUAUCAAUAGAUAUUUGUGCUCAUUCUUCAACUUUUUAACUAUAUGUUAGCAUUACUGUGAACAAUACUGAAGUCAUUUCUUUGUUGGACUUACGCUUGCCAUACGCUUCUCAGCUGUAUAUUAAAAAAACUUAACCAGAAAAACUAAAGCAUGACAAGUCAGGUGUUCUUAUUAACGUUCGCAUAAUGACAGCGAUGGCAAAUCCUUGUCAUAUCGCUGCUGACCUGGAAAAAUACAUCGUGAAAGAGGCUCCUCCGACUGUGUAUUACAUUCCAAACUUCAUUAAGGAGGCUGAGGAGGAGUGUCUGCUGAAGCAGGUAUACUCAUCUCCUAAACCCAAAUGGACGCAGUUAUCAGGGCGGAGGCUACAGAACUGGGGUUUGUUACAAACUUUACUUUAUAAAUCAAUACACAGCGCUAAUUUAAAGUCCCAGUGUAAUAAAAAUGACAACUCAUAUUUUUUCAUGAAAUAUUGUAGGGUUUAUAGUAAAUAGCCUAGCAAUGUGGUUCAUUUUCUUUUUUAAAUUCAUGUACCCUUAUAAUCUGAAAAUCUGAAAAUGCACUACCGCCCUGAAAUGACUAUUAGUAAUGUUACGUUCGUGAACGAAUCGUUCUUUUUGAACGAAUCUUUUAGGCGAAUGAAUCGUUCUCGUUCACGAAAUGCAUUGACUCAUAUUUCUCGUUCACUGAAAUCUCUCUGAGCGUCUUCUUAAAGAGUGUCUAAAGCACAAGCCAAUGAAUUCGAUUGUGAGCUUUGACAGAGGUUGACUGUACUGAACGAAUACGCCCUUGAGUCUGAACACGAACAAAGGUACCUGCUGAUUCUUGUUCGUGAACGACAUGAACGAUCAGCCAUCAUGUUCGUACAGGAACGAAAGGACCUGCUACUUCUCAUUCAUGAACUACAUGAAAGAGCAGGUCUCUCGUUCAACAAGUACUGAAAGGGACACAAUGUACACUUAUGAAAAUUAAACAUGGUUUUAAUAUAGUAAAGGUAGUAACCAUCUUUUUUGUGUACUUCGUCUUCUUACCAUGCCAAUACAAAGGUUGUACUGUAAAUAAUAUCUUGCUUAAACGAUAGUCACAUUUUAAAAACCUUAAUGUACUAUUUUACAAACAUGAUGAUUUAACUGUGGUUUGUAGUAAAAAUGUAUUUUUCCUAAUGAAAAUAUAGCAUUGUUUGUUAUAAGCAGGUAUUUAUAUAAUCAUAUUUACAAUAAUUCAAGUGUAUGAAACAUUCAUGAGACUUAAACAUGCUAACACAUGCAAAUAGUUCGUUGUUGCUAAUACUGCUGUUGUUUACGUGUUGCUUUUAUUAAAUAUGAGAAAUAAUUCACGUCCGGCACUUUUAAUCUGCACCCAAUUCUGGGAUCCCUGUUCUGCUGUGAAAGACUGACUGAGCAUGAGUCAAUAGUCCCUGAAUGUGUGAUGUUUAAACACUAUCUUUGGUCUGAGCUACUGAACGAAUACGCCUGUUCACUGAACUAGUCAGUCAUCUAACAUAGGAAUCAGACAUCUCCUUCGUGAACGAGGAGCUGCUUACCGAAUGAAUUAGAGAAAGCAUGUGGAGUCACUCUCGUUCGCAACAACAACAGAAUAUGAUAUAUUGUAGCAUAAUACAUUACGAUUAUACAAACAAGUUAUUAGAAUUACUUGUACUCCAUAUAAGAUACAAAGUUUCGCCACCUCCUGACUUAUGUAUGUAAUAUAUUACGAAAUGGUCACUGAAUGCUUUCCUGUAGCUCAGUGGUAAGAGUAUUGCGUUAACAACGUAUGGUUGUGGGUUCGAUCCCAGGGGAUUGCAAAUACCUAUUUAAAAAUGUAUAGGAUGAAGCAAUGUAAGUCGCUUUGGAUAAAAGCGUCUGCCAAAUGCCUAAAUGUAAAUGUAAAUGUGAACGAAUCAGUGAACGAGUCUGAACAUUUUGAAAUCAUUUUGGUGAACAAACUGAAAAAGAACGAAUCACUCAAAUGAAUCAAAAUUCCCAUCACCAAUGACUGUCCAUCUGAAAUGACAUAAAUUAGACGGCUUGGCCAGAGCAUCCGUUAACUCCUCCCUUUCAAAUGUCAAGGCCUGUAUAACUUAAUGGGGUGCAGCCAAAUCCGACAGGCGGAUAACAUCAAAGUACUGCGAGUGCGAUUUGAGAGCAAACUUUUUAUUGUGAUGUGAUCGGCCUGUCGGAUCUUGUGGCGCCACAUCAAGUCAAACAAGCCUUCAGUCUGCUGCCAGUUUCAUUUUAAAACCAAUGCACCAGCUGUUUUUUUACACAUCCAAUCAAUUUGCAGUGAAAACACAAGCCAAGGCCACUAAUUUUCUCCUUUGAAAUUCCUUUUCACUUGGAAAUGUUUCAGAAUACGUAAGUAAAAACGAUUGCAACUUCCGGUUCACAAGGAAUUAAAACUCACUAUCAUUAAAUUUAUUCCAUUCCAUUCCAUUUUCUACCGCUUAUCCGAACUACCUCGGGUCACGGGAGCCUGUGCCUAUGUCAGGAGUCAUCGGGCAUCAAGGCAGGAUACACCCUGGAUGGAGUGCCAACCCAUCGCAGGGCACACACACUCACUCAUUCACUCACGCACUCACACCCUACGGACAAUUUUUUCCAGAGAUGCCAAUCAACCUACCAUGCAUGUCUUUGGACCAGGGGAGGAAACCGGAGUACCCGGAGGAAACCCCCGAGGCACGGGGAGAACAUGCAAACUCCACACACACAAGUCGGAAGCGGGAUCAUUAAAUUUAUAUUACAGUGGAUUGCCGCAUCCCAAAGGAAUGGUUGCUGAGAAACUCCCUGAUUGGCUGCUGAAGUACACUGAGAAAAUAUCUCUGCUUGGAGCAUUUGCAGGAAAAACAGCAAAUCAUGUUCUUGUAAAUGAAUACAAGCCAGGGGAGGGAAUCAUGCCGCAUGAAGAUGGACCACUGUAUCACCCCACAGUGACCACUAUCACUCUGGCCUCGCAUACACUUCUGGAUUUCUACAGGCCUGUUUAUCAGAAUCAGACUGAAAUUCCGCAAACAGAAGAGAGCCGUUACAUGUUGACUCUGCUGGCACAGCGACAAAGUCUACUGAUUCUUCAGGAUGACAUGUAUAAAAGCUACCUACACGGUAUCAAAGGAGUUUAUGAGGAUAUUUUGUCAGAACACGUGGUAAAUCUCUCUUCAGCAGGGGCUCAGGUGGGAGACACACUGUCCCGUAGCACCAGAGUCUCGCUUACCAUCCGUCAUGUUCCCAAAGUAAUUCGGGCCAAUCUGUUUCUUGGAAAGAAGUGACAAACACUUAAGGACUUGCUUGAACUUUGAACCAGAUAAACCGGUUACACCUUUCAUACCACCCUAAGUAAAGUGUUUAAAAUGCAACACACAAAUGUGACAACAAUAUUCUGUAAGGCAAAGGAUAUCUUCGGUAUUCAUUACUGGGUAGCAUUUAUGCUUAUUGUUUGACAUUGUAAUAAUAAUAAUGUGCCCUGUUGAAGUUUCAAAAGUUGCCAUAAAAUACAUGACGCAAUACAUUCUGUACUUCCAUGAAAUAUUGAUGGUGCUAUAGUGUUUAAAAUGUCUGUAUUAUAGUUAAGAAACUAAGAAACUUCAGAAUACUCCCUGAACUAAAAUGUCUUAAGGCUUGUCUUAUCUUAUUCAAACAAGGUCUUAAGAACAGUAAUGCAAAUGACUGCUUUUGCAACUAAGUAAAUAUAAUGUGUAUGUAUGUUUGACUUUUUUUUUUUGACACAACCAAGAUCAAGUUGCUUUUUAUAAUACUUAUUGUUCCAAAUCCGCUUGCAUAAUUGUCUACUGUCUGAAGGCUCUAGUAAAGCCAGUUAAAAAGAAAACUGCUUUUUAGGCUCAGACAGGCAAACUAGUCGGCCAAGUAUCCCCUCCUAAAAAUCCUGGAAAUAUGGUCAGGUAUUUCUCUACUAUGUUUCUCUACACAAGCAGUGGUGUAAAGUAUUGGAGUAAAUUUACUUAGUUACUGUACUUAAGGAUAUUUUUGGCUACUUUGUAGUUGUACUGAGUAUUAAAGAUACUGGCAACUUUUACUCUCUACUUAA